ACAAGCUACAUAUCGCUUACGAUACCCGCAGUUGAAAACAACAACGAAAGUCUUGAAUUAAUUAUCGAUAAUCGGAUGAUACUUAACUAGUGACAACAAAAUCUUUUGGCGCGUGCAGACUAAGAAUAUAGGAUGAAAAAUCAAUACGAGUAUAAAAUGGAAACCAUGAAAGUUUACAAAAAUAACAGCCCGCAAAAAUUAUACAAAUAAUUAUAUUCUUAUAAAUGUGAUUAUAAUAACUAGUACCAUAUUGGCGAGAAAUUAAAAAGAAAACCUUCCACAACGUAGCGGAAGCAAACUACGAAAUUGAUCUUAGUAUGCAUCUUCACCAGCACGGCAUGCCUUCAAGCACAGAUAUUAUUUUUCAUAAGACUAGUCAUUAAUAUUUCGCUGCCAUAACAAACUAUUGUGACAAUGAACUUGAAUUAAGUUGAAUUGAAUUAAUUUUCUUAAUUUUGGCUAUAUAUUUCUUAUUUCAAAAGUGACAGUUGAAUGGAAAAGAUCUAUUCAAAUCUCGCGCAACGAUACAAAGUAUUCUACAUAUACGACGUAGCAAAAAAAGUUAAAUUUAUACUGUGUCUCAAGUGUUUAUGAGUAGUGGUGUAUUGUAAAUAAAAAUAUUUGUGAUAAAAAAAAUUAAACAAGGCACUUCAAAUUACUUUGCAAUUCGUGACGGUCUACGACAAUUUUUCGUCUACUUCCGAAAUGUGUUCGUGUAACCUUGACACAGAAAUAUCACUCAUACACCCAACGUUCGGUAACUCAAAGCGGGAUGACGCUCGCCUACUACACUGGAACACAUGCGUGCCAUAUAAAUGUGUACUCCAUGGACUGCUCCUAAUGCUCACAUGCUUCGUUAGUGUUCGUAGCUUUACUCCCGCCUUUUCCAAAGAUCUAGUUUGCCAGAUCAUCACUUCAAAUCAAUAUGCCUGCGAACGUCAUAUGGUGCACACUGCAGAUGGCUAUGAGCUCACACUUCAUCGCAUUCCACCGAAAAAUUAUACCCACCGCCACUACCAUCGACCCCUUAUUCUCAUGCAUGGACUGAUUGGCUCUGCCUCGGAUUUUGUGCUACCUGGUCGCGCUCGCUCUCUCGGUUGUAUUCUACACGAACAGGGCUACGAUGUGUGGUUGCCUAAUGCUCGCGGCACCACUUACUCCAAACGACAUUUACAUAUGGAUUCGUCUAGGGCAAGCUUUUGGAAUUUCACCUGGCACGAGAUUGGCUAUUUUGAUUUGCCAGCCAUUGUGGAUUAUGUGCUCGAGACGACAGGUCAUCAGCAGGUACACUAUGUAGCACAUUCUCAAGGAUCUACUAUAUUCUUCGUGCUGCUCUCUGAGAGACCGGAAUAUAAUGAAAAAUUUGUAUCAGCUGCGCUUCUGGCACCGGUGGCGUUUUUAGCAAAUUUACGUAGUCCACCGUUAAGGAUAAUGGCAGCCGAAGAUGAAAAAAUUGAGGUGCUCCUAAAUCAUUUGGGAUUACACGAACUUUUUCCAUCGACCGCUCUAAAUCAACUGGGUGGGCACUUGCUCUGCGGACAAGCUGCGCCCACACAGAAUCUCUGCCUGCUGCUUACCUUUCUCUCAGUGGGAUUCAGCGACUACGAAAUGGAUCGCAAUCUUUUUCCUCGCAUUUUUGAGACGACUCCGGCUGGUAUAUCGCGCAAACAAUUUCAACACUUUGGUCAACUUAUUAAGUCAGGCAAAUUCCAGCAAUAUGAUUACAAUUCGAAGAGUGAAAACAUGCGCCAUUACAAAAGCAAAACACCACCGCAAUAUAAUCUACGAAACGUCCGCGUUCCAUUGCACCUAUUUUUUGGCACACGUGAUUUACUUAUGACCAAAGAGGACGUCUUGCGUCUCACCAGGAAGCUGCAGAAUUCGAACUAUACUUUACAUGAACUACGCGGCUUAAAUCACAUAGACCUUUUAUACUCAACAGUUGCGCCGCGACUUAUUUACAAGCAGAUUAUUAAUGAUUUAAAGCACUCAUAUUCCUAAAAAUUCACUAAUGUUUGUGUAAAAUGAAACAAAGAAUCAGAUCUUACUGCCAUUGAGCUGUGGUACGUUAUGUAGAUUUCAAUCAGCUAAAAACUUGAUUUAACUGCCUAGUCGUAAUUUAA